AUGGCAGGAAUUCAGAAAUUCCCUGUAAGAUCUGUAUUCCUUUAUCUGGUAUUAAUUAUAUUUUCCAAGCUGAGUUUUGGUGGCAGUAGUUCGAAGCACUCUUCAGGAUUCAGGCUUAAGCUCAUCCCCAGGGACUCUCCUAAAUCCCCUUUGUAUCCUGGAAACCUCACACAAUUGGAAAAAAUGGAAAGAUUGAUUGAUUUCACCAAAGCUAAAGCUGAGCUACGCAGGAUGAGAUUGCAUACUUCUCCAAGUUCAUCUAUGUUCGAUGAUGAAAAGUAUAUAGUCGCUCUGAGACGUCAGGCUUUUUACUAUAUCGCGGAGAUGAAACUGGGAAUACCUGGUCAACUUAUUUAUUUAGUACUUGACACUACUGCUGAUCUAAUUUGGACACAAUGUGAGCCUUGUGUACACUGUUUCGAUCAAGAAGCUCCCAUUUUUGAUCCGAAAGCUUCCAUGACUUAUUCCAGGGUUCCCUGUAGAGACCACCAUUGUAGUUACGGUAAUGAAAAUGACUAUUUCACAUGUCUUGGUGGAUAUUGCACCUACAAUUUGACCUACAACAAUAGCCUUCUCGGCUCUACAAUCGGCUCAUCAUCCAGGGAUUACUUCCACUUUUACGACGACACUUCAGGAUACAGCAGUACAAAAUUUAACUUAUUCUUCGGCUGCUCGAAUUACACCACAAAUCUCAGCAUGUUUAUUGACCCUCAAAAUAUUAUCUCCGGGGUCAUGGGAUUAAACUUAUCUCCACUCUCUCUCAACAGCCAAUUGAAAGACCGCAUUCAAGGCAAAUUCGCUUAUUGCGUCAUUCCUUGGGAUGAAAAUUUCCCCUUUGAUGUCCAUGCUCUUCCUUUCGACUUCGGAGAUGAUGUUGUUCUUCCUCCAAAAAAAAUUCCAAUGGAGGUGAGCUACGCCAAAGUGUUGGAUGCGAAUGAAUAUUACCUAGACUUACGAGAUAUAAGUGUUGCAGAUUCUCAUUGUUUCUUUGUAUUUGGAACCUUUGACCCUGCACCUGGUGAGGGUUUCAUCUUAGACUCGACCAGUCCAAUAACGAUGCUCACCAAAAACGCUACAAAAACUGGUAUAAAUGUUUAUGACAAGGUGAUCACGAAACUGAGGAACUAUUAUCAGCUUCAGCAUCUUUCGCCGUUACUUGGCCCUGAUAAUCCUACAAAUUAUGAACUUUGUUACAAGAACAAAGAAAAUUUUACGGAUUAUGCGUGGAUAACUUACCAUUUCCGUAAAUCAGUAGACUACGUGGUCGAUGCCAAAUUUAUGAAUAUUAACUACAGCGGAGGGUUUUUCUGUGUUGCGUUGCUUGGAAAUGAUGGGCCGCAGACUGUUCUUGGAUUAUUUCAUAUGCAAAACAUGCGUAUUAUUCAUCACGCCACUGAUUUCGACCAUGGAUCAAUCCAGUUUUACCCAGCUGAUUGUGCUCAAGAUCAUUUUUAA